AUGUUGGAAGACAAUGAGGAAAAUGAUGAUGUUUCUUCUCUCGAAGCAAUGGAGGUAGAGGUACCAGUCGGAGUACGUGAGCGACCCACAACUUCCCACGCCAUCAGCGCCAGCAGUUCUCAGCACUGUGGGAGCAGAAAUCCUGUCCAAAUAGUGCCAGCAAAUAACACGAUAUUACGGCGCAGCACCUCAUUCGAAAGCCUGGUAGAAGAAGAAGAAGAAGAAGAAGAAGUUCACGUUCGCACGCGACCUACCACUUUUCGCUCUUCCCGACAUGAAGAGAAUCCGCCUCUUCACAAGUCUGUCCAUCAGAUUGGAGGCAGUCAGACACAACAGCAGUUAUCUCCAACGCAUACGACACAAACCGACGAUCAGACCAAUGGUACUUCAAACAAUGUUGCGGGCACAUCAACCUCAAAUCAAAGGUCGGAUGAUGAUUGCGAUAAGACCCAGCACGCGGCCUCUCCAAAUGGAAUUGACAAGUGGGAUACAAAGGAUGAUUUGCACAUAUGGCAAGAUAUGCGGGCAAAGAUAUACCAGAAAAACCUUAUUGAGCUCAUUUCACCACAACGGCCUGGGCCACUCGGUUACCUCGACAGGGUGUCUGCAUCGAUGGUAAAUAAACAGGAUAAUCUGUCGGACGCCGACUUUGGUUACCGUAUUCACUUUGCCGACUUGCAAAGGAUACAUAUCCAGUAUCUACACAGCAAACUGGUAAACCUGGCAGUCUCCGCGCACUUCAACGGUGAUGACUGGAGACCGGGAGGGAAAGCAGAAGAAAUCGGCAAGGUACUCAAGGAAUACAUCCAAGCAGUAAGAGACCACGAGUACAUGGGCAAAUAUGCCAGGACCUCCAACGAUCCCUUCAUCGCCACCAGCCAGCGGCUCUACGACAAGAAAUUCCUCGAAGCAGCCAUGACGAGGAACGGCUACAAGAUGCCCGAGGACUUCCUACCUCCACCUCGACAGCAAUACGAACAACAACUCCCGCAGCACGAAGCACCCAUCCCACUCAUCGAGCGCCUCAAAAGACACUCGGUCCCCACCGGUCCCUGGGAGCGCGAUAACACCGACAAGCCAGCUCGCACACUAAUCAGCACUCGAACCAAGGCGUGGAAGCGAGCCUACUGGACCAGAAUCGGCGCUGCCUUGAUUGGUGGUACCUUCCUCAUCGCUCCCAUGUGGAUUCUGGCCUUACAACGGAACCUCUUCGUGCACCUUGGUGUAGCGACGGCGUGUAUCGCGGCUUUUGGUAUUUCGAUUUCCCUUUACUUGGAAACCGUCGAUGGGGUGUUUGCGGCGACGCUGGCAUAUGCGGCGGUGAUUAUGGUGUUUGUGGGUAUUGUGAUUCAGGAAACUGGAUGAUCAUAAGACAUAAAACAGUGCGUGAUGUGAGACGAAGGAAGGAAGGAGAGCAAUGGUUCAGUUGGAAAAUUGUUCGAUUGGUGGCUUACCAAGUUGAAGAGAAAACGACAGACGUGCCAGCUCCAGCUAUAUGAGUUCUGUACAGAUGAAAACCUUGCGUGGGGUGCAUGCACCUUCCUAACGUCCCAAUGUUAUCAAAUAUUGUCG